CUCACUCAAUGCAAUGAUUGUCUUGUAAUUAAAUUUCAUUAACAAAACACAAAACAAAAGCACAACUAAAUAAUGAAAGUUAAGUUUGAUGUGACAAAACCUCUUACAUAUAAACAACGAUUCAAAAAGUGGUCCAAUUCUCGGUUCCAAGACUAUAAGCAGCAACGGCUGUCGGCGUGGCUACCAUUUUACAACGGGGUUAUAGUGUUUCCCACAUUUUUCCUGCUAUCUCUUUGCACCAUAACUCUGGGCGUGUGUCAGCUGUACAUCUCGGCACAGGUACAGGAGCUCGAGAUUUACUACACCGACUGCUACCCGACCGCCAUCGGCAACAAGACCUGCGCCCAGACGCUGGCCGACAACCCGAGCUCUACCGGUUGUACGUGUUUAAUACCGUUCGCAUUGUCGGUGCCGUUCGCGGCCAACGUCUAUGUCUACUAUGCGCUCAAUAACUACUAUCAAAGUCUACAGAAUUAUAUCUACAGCGAAAAUCCGGAUCAACUAAACGGUGAUCUCACACCACAACACCUGUGCAACGCUGAGACCGCUUCCCUAUACAACGCCUUCUCGUACAAAGUUACCGAUGGCCAGGAGGUGCCGAUCGUGCCGUGCGGUGCCAUCGGUAACAGUUUAUUCAACGAUACCAUUGAUAUAUUAGACGCCGGCAGCGGUGGACUACCUGUUCCACUCCUAUACACCGGCAUCAGUUGGCCCACCGAUCAGCAGAAGUUUAAUAAUCCACCAGGUUUAUCCCUAAACAUUGCGUACGAGAACUACACAAACCCUCCGUUUUGGGGCAGUAAAAACAUCUGGCAAUUGGAUCCAAACAAUCCGGACAACAAUGGCUUAAAAAACGAGGCACUGAUUGUCUGGUACCGGACGGCAGCCUUUCCACACUUUCGCAAACUGUACGCCAGAGUCGACCACAAAAACUCAACCCUUUAUUACAAUUCACUUCCCAAAGGGAAUUAUAUUCUUAAAAUAGGCUACAAUUACCCGGUUACUUCGUUCAAAGGCGUUAAAAGUGUUGUCAUAAGCAAUACCUCAUGGAUUGGCGGCAAAAACUCAUUCCUCGGCUUCGCGUACAUAUCGACGGGAACAAUUGGCGUUAACCAUAAGUACUCCAUAUUUUAUGGGCCAGACAUUGACUACAAGAGCUGUUUUGGUUAAGUUUUGGAGCAAAUGUUUUCAUUGAAAUUUUAUUUAUUGUUAAUUUUGUAAUUAUUAUCAAUUAUUUAUAUUUAUUUAUAGAAUAUGUAAUUAUUUAUUAAUUUAUUAAAAUUAUUUGUUUUAUAAAAUACACUAAUA